CCGCGCGCGCCCCCUCCCUCCCGCCCUCCCUCCCUGCCACGGCUCCGCGCGAGCGCGCGGCCCACGCCGAGCGACCGCGACCCCGGCCCCGCCCCGCCCCGUGCCCAGGGGUCCCGGGGCGGGCUGCGGAGCGGCGGACGAUGCAGCGGCACUGUCGGAGCGGCAGCGGCGGGCGGCGGAGGUGACGCGCCGCGGCGGUGGCGGCGGGCCGACGGCCAUGCAGCGCUCGCGGACGGUCGCGGACGACGCGGCUCUGCUCCUGGCCGGGCUGGGCCUGCGCGAGCCGGAGCCGACCGCCGACUCCCCGGGGCGCGUACGGCGCGGGCCUCGGGCCGCCGACGAGGCGGCGCCCGCGGCGGGCCGCAGAGGCAAGGGCGGCGGCGGAGGCGGUGGCCUCGAGGCCGCGCCCGACGUCCCCAGCCGCCCCGAGCGAGGCCCGCGCGCCAGCUUGGCGGGCUCGGACGGCGGCAGCGCGCGCUCCAGCGGCAUCAGCCUGGGCUACGACCAGCGCCACGGCCCAGGUCCCGGGCCGCCGUCGGGGGGCAGUGCGCGCUCCAGCGUGUCCAGCCUGGGCUCCCGCGGCUCAGCGGGCGCCUAUGCCGACCUGCUGCCGCCCGGCGUCGGCCCCGCGCCUGCCCGCUCUCCGGAGCCCGCCCCGUUCCCGUUGCCGUCGCUGCCGCUACCCCCGGGCCGGGAUAGUGGCCCGAGCGCGGCCGAGCGGAGGCUGGAAGCACUCACGCGGGAGCUGGAGCACGCGCUUGAGGCGCGCACGGCGCGAGACUACUUCGGCAUCUGUAUCAAGUGUGGGCUUGGCAUCUACGGAGCAAGGCAGGCGUGCCAGGCAAUGGGGAGCCUGUAUCACACCGACUGCUUCAUCUGUGACUCCUGUGGGAGACGACUCCGUGGGAAGGCCUUCUAUAACGUGGGUGAGAAAGUGUACUGCCAGGAGGACUUCCUGUACUCCGGGUUCCAGCAAACUGCUGACAAGUGCAGCGUGUGUGGACACCUUAUCAUGGAGAUGAUCCUGCAGGCCCUUGGCAAGUCCUACCACCCAGGUUGCUUCCGCUGCUCAGUGUGUAACGAGUGUCUGGAUGGUGUUCCCUUCACCGUGGACGUGGAGAACAACAUCUACUGCGUUAGAGACUACCACACGGUGUUUGCUCCAAAAUGUGCUUCCUGUGCCCGCCCUAUCCUCCCUGCCCAGGGCUGUGAGACAACCAUUCGUGUGGUGUCCAUGGACAGAGACUAUCACGUGGAGUGUUACCACUGUGAGGAUUGCGGGCUCCAGCUGAGCGGGGAGGAAGGACGCCGCUGCUACCCCCUGGAGGGGCAUCUGCUCUGCCGCCGGUGCCACCUGAGGCGCCUCGGACCGGGCCCACUCCCCUCGCCCGCUGUGCAUGUGACUGAGCUCUGAGAAGCAGCCAUCCGGAGAGAAGGGUGACCCACGCUCCUGUCUGCUCCUGUCUUCUCCCCUCCACCGAGCUGCUGUCUCUUCCGCAGGGGCCGGACCCCCGCGUCAAAUAAGCGACUUCUAUUUAUUCACCUUCCGUGCCUCAAGCCACUCCCCCUGCUGGGUUCCAGGACACCCGCACCCUGCAGCCUUGGGAUAGGCCACCUUCUUCCGCCUGGCCUCAGCUCCCAGAGGCAGGGCUUGGAGGGCCUUGGUGCCAUGGGGGAAGGGUGCCUUAUUUGUGUGUGAUCAUAGCCAGGGCAGUGACACCUGGGAAACGCCGGGUUUGGCCUUGAUGGGUGUUUCAGACACAGGUCUCUGCCUCUCUGGAUCCCGGCAGGGGUGGUGCCUUUCUAGCAUCCUCAGCCUCAGAAGACCCUGAGCGAAUCCCAGGCACAGAGAGCGAGCCCACUAGGGCUCCCUGCUACCCCGGGGAGUAUCUGUGCACACUGUAUCCAGCUCUACCACAAAACCAUGUGAUUUGACUUAAAUUAAGUUCCCCCCACCCCCGAGGAUGUUUGCAUUUUCUUUAAAAGAAUAUAGUUUUCUUCUAAAAACUUGGACAAAGUUGGUUAUUACCUUAGUCACAGCAGAUUUGUGUGCACACACGGCCUGUACCAUGUAGCUAGAGUCGUGGUGGUAAGGACAUUUGUAGUUUUAACUGUUUUUUCAUGAAUUCUAGAAUAUUGCCACACCUGCUUCAGAUUUCAGUGUGGGGUAGAGUGUCAGAAUCUUAUGGAAAGAGACCCAGUGAGCUUCAGGCAGGGCAGAUGUAAAUUAGAUUUUCUUUGGAGGGAGAGUACUUUCUGGGUACUGUGAAGUGCUGGCAAGAUUUUGAGGCUGGUUAAUGAAGACAUUGAACCUAUGCUUGUGUACGACCCUGGCCAGAUUUCAUUGUUGUCAGUGCUGGGUGUGGCUUUGCUUUGGUUUGUUAAUUUCGAGUCAGGGUCUCUCUUUGUGGUAACCCAGGCUGGCCUUGAAUCUCGGAGCCUCCUGCAAGAACCUUUGGAGCAAUGUUUGUGAAAGCUUUGGCAGAACUGAGCACUACUAUUGCCAGGGAAACCGAGGUUUCCCUUUUAGGGUUCUUCAUCUCAAUUUAAAAGUCUAGUAAUGGGCCAGGUAAUGGUAGCGGCGCAUGCCUUUAAUCUCAGCCCUUGGGAGGCAGUGGCAGGUAGAUCCCUGUGAGUUCGAGGCCAGCCUGGUCUACAGAGCAAAUUCCAGGACAGGUUCCAAAGCUACACAGAGAAACCCUGUCUUGAAAAACCAACAGAAAAAAAGUUUAGAAAUGGACUCGGGGCCCUGAGUUCAAUCAGCAGCUACACAGUGUCUCACGACCAUCUGAAAUUAGAGCUGGUGCCCUCUUCUGGUCUGCAGGCAUACAUGCAGGCAGAACACUGUAUACAUAAUAAAUAAACACACCUCUAAAAAAGAGAAAGAAAUGGACUCAGAAGGAAGCCCAAGGACAGUUUAAGGUAGGUAGUGCGGGUUAGGUGAGAAUUCGAGCAGCCACCAGGAGAGAUGAAGAAAAGCGUGUGCUUCUGAGUUAGGUGGGGGAACAGAAAUGGCUCCUUAGGGAUGGAAGUAAGCUAAUGAGCUGAGGAAAGAGCCCCACAGCCUCCCGCCUCUUUGUUUACAGGCUUUUUAUAGUGUAUGAUCGCUUCUCAUGCACUGUGUAGAUGAUGCCAGGGGAAAGGUUUCCCAGUCUUUCUCUGAAAACUGACUGCAUUCAUGUUAAUCUUCAUGUAGCUUUCUCUAGUUUCUGUUCUGUCACACUAGAGACCAAAACAGGACACACAGGACUGAACAGUAGAGAAACUGGUACCUUUGGUCCAGCAGCGCUGAGGGCUGGGAAUAGUGCGCCCCCUGGUGGUCAGAGAGAGCAAACAAUUAAACUAGCUGCUUAAAACUGGUUUUUGGUGCCGUGGGAAAUGUGCCUAAAGAUGGGGACUUAUGCAGCAACCAGAGUGACUUCUU